GCUACUACGACCGCCAGGUAGCUGAAAGUAGCUGACGUUGCUGUUUGCCUCUCAAAUCGCAACCACAAUCAUGGCCCAAAAUCUACCCCUAGAGCUCAUUGAGCAUGUCACCGACGAAUGUCUUCCAGACAUUGAAGCCCUUCGUUCAUCUUCGCUCAUAUCUAAAUUAUGGACCAUCCCGGCUCAAAAGCGUCUUUUCUCCUGCGUUUCUAUUUUUCCAGAGCUUGUUCGAGCUGUCCCCUCCAUUCCACCCAACUCGGAAGAUUACUCAGGAUACCCAUCCCCCCAGUAUAUCCUGGAUGGUAGCAUAGACAAGUUCAAGGAACACCUGGAAGAUGCGCCGCAUCUCGCAGAUUUUGUACAGGAGCUUCACCUCGGAAUGCCCAAGAUGCCGCCCUUGGAGUUAUUCUAUGCGAGGGAGAAGAAGGUGCCCGACGGCGCGUUUACUGGUGCGAACGAGAUCAUCAGUCGAUUCAGAAAUAUGGGGAGUGUAUCGCUGUCGUUUGCCGAGGAUUACGACUGGGCGAAGCUGGCGUUCAUGCAUCAGUCCCUAUGCCACGCGUUGAGCUCUUCAAUGCUGUGUUAUCUCAAGAUAGGUCCCGUAACGUUUGCGACACAAUCUCAGUUCAAUAAUCUCCUCGACAGCUGUGUCUCUCUGGAGGUGUUGAUCAUUAACAACGUCAAAAUCAAGGAGGCUACUGAGAACGAGACUGGUCAGAAAACUGUAGAAAAACUGCGGCCGAGCUUGAAAGAGCUCACCGUGCAUACCGAUCUGCCGUCAUUGAUCCAGAUCAUUGAAGCAUUCGUUUCACCCUCAUCUUCUGUUGAUGUAUCUUGUUUACUUCGUCUUUCACUCUGGUGUAAAUACUCCAAUGCACAAAGGCACCAUCCCAUGGGGCCAGUCUGCUCGCUACUUCGCAAAGCGCGAUGUCUGCAACAUCUACAGCUUUUUGCGUGUCUCACCGGUCCGCUCUAUCAAUACGUAAAUCCCGCGAGUUUGCAAACAUUCUACGUCUGCGAUCAGCUCGGUCAACCGUCUACCACGCUGACCUGGCUAGUGAAGAGCUUCGAAGCCGAAAGUGACUCAGAAUCUGGGUUGGCACUGACCGAGCUGUCUAUUGAUAUCUGCCAGUCCAAUGCCUAUUCUUCCGAGAACCUUUCUGCCGAUAGUACUGCUUGGGCUCAUCUAGGUGCAACCAUAGAACAACAUGCCCGCCAAUUCCGCAGCGUGACGGUCCGCGGUAAGGGAUAUCGCCCCUUUUAUAUGAUGGACAGGUCAAUAGAGGGCGUGCUCCAAUCAGAAGAUUUGAGAGAUGCGUUAGGUAUGCGCAUGAGAGAGGAUGUGGUAGUGCGGUUCGUUCAAUACUUGACGCAGGAUGACGUGCUGUAUUCCGGUUCUCACUGUGAAGACUUCUAUGAGCGUGAAUGGGAGCCGACACUUGAUGAUUGGCUGAGUGAUUGGGAAGUCAAAGACGAUACUGAGAAAGAAGACUGAGAGGAAUUCCGGCGCGGUCUACCUCUUGCAAACAGAGUAUUGCAGAACCGUCUUUACUAGAGUUUUCAGGUCUUACGAGCAUUUCUUCUCUUAGACCUUCUUUCAUCGUAAUCCCAUCACAAAUUCAUCAUAGUGGUCUCAAAUAACACCCUAUUGGUUCAAAUGUCUUUGUAGAAUGCUCUU